AUGCAAAUUAUUCCCCUAUUCGAACCUGGUGUCAGUAUCCGCCAACGUGAAGUAGCAGAGACCUUAGCUGAAGUGUAUUCCAUAGUCAUAUGUGUGGAUCAGGUGGAGAAAAUGUAUCUCAAGGACGUUAUACCUGAUGAAUCAGAAUACAAUCGUGUUACCGCCAGGUUAUUACAACAGUACAGAGCCAUAAUGGCUAAUAACGAUCAGGACCAUGAUUUCCAAAUGGCAUUUGGUGGUUCUUUACAAGAAUUCUGUAAGAGAUAUGGCGUUAUCGCCUCCAAUGGUGUCUUGAGGUUAGAGAAAGGUAUUCCCUUGACUACAGAACAUGCUGCUGCUGCCGGUGCAUCAAAAUCGUCAACGAGUACAGCAUCUGCUACUAAUGCUGCUGGUGCUGCUGAUGGUAGUAUUACUAAGGAUGUAGAUCGAAAUUUGCAAUCUAAUUCUGCAAACAAUGGAAAUGGUGCGAAAACGACGGGAGAGAAUUUAGCUAGAGGCAUCGCAGAGGCUACCGGUAAUUUUAUCACAGUAAUGGAUGCAGUUAAAUUAGGGUAUCGCACAAGAGAUCAAUUACAUCCACUAUUAGCAGAACUACUGUUAAGCACAAAUCGUGUAGCACGGUUAGAAUCUAGGAGCAGAGGAAGAUUGGUAGAAUGGCUCGUACAUGUAAAUCGGCUAAGGGGACAAGAAUCAAUUGAUGAAAAGGCUGCAAGAGAAUUACUUGGAGAUCUUGAUACUGCUUAUAGAGAAUUUUACUCCGCACUGGGGUGA